GAGGAGGUCAUUUUAUUGUAGUAUAAGUGUGACACAAACGCGUAGUUGUAAAGAAGUAAGAUGGGGGACAUUUCGUGCAGCUGUUCUUCAAUGGUGUUGUGUUGCAUUGGUUUCGUUACGGUUGUAUAUUUCCUGCUGAGGUGGUCAUGGCAGUGUUGGCACGGAUUCAAGGCAUACAUGAUCUCUGAGAUCUGGCAAACGGACUUGAGGACAUAUGGCCAGUGGGCUGUUGUAACUGGAGCGACAUCAGGGAUUGGUCGAGCAUAUGCUGAAGAGCUUGCCAAACGAGGAUUAAACAUUGUUCUGAUCAGUCGCUCGGAAGAAAAGCUUCGCAGCGUUGCCAAAGAAAUAGAGUCUCAGUACAAUCGACAGACACAUGUGAUUCAGACAGACUUUACAGAAGGCCAUUCCAUCUACCCAGUUAUCGCACAACAGCUAGUGGGGCUGGAGAUCGGAAUUCUGGUGAACAAUGUAGGUAUGAACUACAUUGGGUUUCUGGCAAAUUUUCUGGAUGUUCCUGAUCCAGACCAGAGAAUCACACAGGUGAUAAACUGCAACAUGCUGUCUGUCACUCAGAUGUGCAGACUCAUUUUGCCAGGCAUGGUUGAAAGGGGAAAAGGCCUCAUUAUAAACAUAUCAUCAGAGGCUGCCUCUCAGCCUCAGCCAAUGGUGUCAGUGUAUUCUGCCACUAAGAUAUUUGUUACAUAUUUCUCUCGCAGUCUGCAUGCAGAAUACAGGUCAAGAGGAAUCACGGUUCAAUGUGUAGCCCCGUUUAUAGUCUCCACAAAUAUGACUCAUAACGUGCCGGUGAAUCCACUGGUAAAAAGUGCUGCUUCUUUUGCUAGAGAUGCUCUGAACACUGUAGGUUACACAACGUAUACAAGUGGAUGUUUAACUCAUGCACUGCAGCACAUUGCUCUGACCAUUUUUUUCCCGGGCUGGCUGCGUCUCACGUCCUUUUGUGUAAAACUCAUGGCAAAAUUCGCUCGUACCAUUGAACCGAUAAUAAAGGAGAGGAUGGCACAGACAAACAAUAAACAGGACUGACACAAACCCAUGGACCACAGAGAUGUACAUAACACACAAACAUAUGCCUAAUGAUAUUAAUAACUAUACACACAAACGGUUUCUACUGCAGUGACAGGUAAUCAGAUGCAGUGUAACAACAGUGACAAAAACACCCACGUCUACAUUUUCUGUUAAGUUGGCAGGUCUAAGGUCUAUGUACA